AUGUCGAGUAAAAGCCCUGCUAUACCGCAGACCAGCACUGGUGGAAACUCAGGCGCGAAUGCGGCUGCGGUAGACCCCACGAAAUCGAGUACCAGAGAUAAAUUGCAUCAAACAUAUGCUUCUGAUCCGAAGUACAAGAAGUACACACAACAAGUGGAGAAGUGUCUCAAUGCAUUCGAUAAUGUGCAUGAGUGGGCGGACUGUAUCGCGUUUCUGAAGCAGUUGUUGAAGACAUUUCAAUCCUACAUGCAAUUCAAGGAGAUCCCGUAUAAGCUAAUUGUUGCCAAACGGUUGUCUCAGUGCUUGAAUCCCGCUCUACCAACUGGCGUGCACCAGCGCGCCCUUGAUGUUUAUACGCAUAUACUUUCUGUACUUGGAACCGAAGGUCUAAAACGGGACCUACCAUUAUGGUCCUCCGGCCUAUUCCCGUUCUUCGAGUAUGCUGCUACAUCAGUCAAGCCGAUACUGCUAACCAUAUAUGACACGCAUUACUUGCCUUUACAAGCUGGUCUGCGCCCCGUGAUGAAGUCGUUCAUUCUUGCCUUGCUUCCGGGUCUUGAAGAGGAGACUGGCGAGUUCUUCGAAAAGGUGCUAAAUCUACUCGAUCGAUUGUCGGGAACCGUAUCCCCUGUAUUCUUUAUCCAGAACAUAUGGCUCAUCAUGAUAACGAUGUCUUCCGCACGGGGAACCGCAUUGAACUUCCUCUCUCGCCGACUACCUCGAUUACAUGCAGACGAAGACAUCACUCAGAUAGUAGGUAGAGACAUAGGGCUUAUGAUCCGUGCAUUCGCAGCUGCGCUCGAAGACGACAAUCUGUUGGUUCGCAGAGGCGCCCUCGAUAUUCUAUUGCAGUCGAUGCGGAUCGAUAGCGCCGCUAUCAAACGAGCGCAUUCAGAAGACUCCGUCAUCCUUAUGAGAGCUGCGACCGGUGUAGUCCUCCGCCGAGAUCUAUCACUCAAUCGUCGGCUUUAUACCUGGCUACUGGGACCGGACGAAAAGAGCGAGAACCAAAUCGUGUAUCUGCGACAGCAUGCUCUCGAGUUAUUGAACACCACACUCAAGGAUGAAAUGUUUGCGCCUUCAGGGGAGUACUCUGAAUCUAGACCGUUCAAGAUCUUUAUUUCGCUGCUGGAUAAGUGGGAGAUAGGAUCAGCUUUGACGGAUGUUCUUGUAUUGGAUGCUCUUAAGGCGAUCCGAUUUCUCAUGCAGCGGGAUGCGGAGGAGCGUAAUGAGGAUAUUUCUAUGACCGCCAGUACUUUAUAUGAUGCUGUCGAGCCCAGUAUUCUUUGGAAGCAGUUAUUGGCAGCAAUAAUGAAAGACUUAACCGAAGACAAGAAAACUGGGGCAAUCGACUUGACCUUGUUCCUCCUGCGUUCACUCCCUCUGCAAGAUGACGAAGUUCGCAGCAUUCACUUACCAGUCAUUUUUGCCGCCAUAACGGACAGGCUGCAGCGCGAAAUCAACAACGACCCGUCCAAGGCUGCCGAAGCUUCCGUUCGAGAAUGUUUAGCUCUUCAAGAGGAGAUAUUCAAACAUAUACCCCUGGAAUCUCUCAGUCAGCGGCCUGGGCUGAAUGCAGCACUUCAAACAUCGGCUUCGUCACUCAGCUCACUCGCGUUCUCCUAUGCAUUUUACGGACUCGAUUUCACCGAAUCGAGACCGAGCAGUCGAGUGGUCAAUCCUUUGGUGGCUGUUUUGGAACAUAUGUUCUCCACUAGUCAAGCACUGUCUCGAUCGCUCUCGACUCAGCAUGGCGGCUCAAUAGAACUUCGAGCGGCAUUCUCACAGGUGUUACGGGUCUUGUCGAACAUUGUGCGUGCGGUGGGCAGAAGUUGUGAUGCGACGCUCGGGAUGUCGUGGGACCCUUCUGAAUGGCUGCAUUCUAUGCUCGAUUGUCUUGACCUGGAGACUGUCAAUUUCACACUGGUAGACCAGGCGGUGUCUUUGAUAUUGUCUUUGCACGGUUCGCAGAAGCUUAGCCCGAAGUUAUCGAUGGAUAGGAGACCCGUCGUUAGUCGCAUGGUAAAGAAGCUUUUCAGAUACCUCCACCAAGACCUGGCAACUUGUCAUGCGCGAGCUGUCAACCUCAUAUGGUCGAUAGAAUCAUUGUCGCGGCCUCAUGAAGUCGAGUCGAUAAUAGCGCAGAGCAUGUGUUCUCCCGAGUCGAGAAACGUUUACGAGGCGCAUGAGGCCUUUGGAGUGCUUUGGCGACUGUCAGAGGAUGACUCGCUUCCGGGAGUGCGCUUAAAAGUGCCGUUGAUGAUAGUUUUAGAGACCUUGAAGCACGAUGAUCCAAGUCUACGACGCGUUGGAGAAACGUGGAUGCGAUGCAAUCUGAGGUCGUAUAUCAGGGUCUUGGAACCUAUCCUGCGCGAUCUUCUGGACCCCUCUAUCCGUCGAAUACCCAAAGAAAUCGGGGGCUACGUUUACGAGAAGUCCUUUGACCAACGAUAUGUCGCUCACCUUCUUGAGAUUCUACUUUCGAUCGUCCAGUUCGGCGGUCAAGGGUUUUCCAAGUCUGCGCGCGGCACAUUCUUUAGGCGUUCAUUCGACCAUGUGCUUCUCCAGAGGCUUAGCUCAGCCGGGAUAGAUGCCGAGACGAGUUACCUCGAUGCACUCAUCGAAGUGUUGUCAAGGUUCCUUCAGUCCGAACCCAAAGAUCAAGUUGCUCCGGUCAUGCAGCCGCUGAACACGGUCAUACAAUCCUCUGCCAUAGACCUCCUCCAAACCAUCGUCGCUCGUGGGGAAAUUGAAAUGCUCGCUGUUGAAAUACUCGAACCAGCCGUUAUUGGCAAGCUUUUCCUCUGCGUCCAUUUACAUUGCUUGGACUUGCAAAACAAGUUGCUGCGGUUCCUCCACUCCAUCAUAUCUGCCUCGACAUCUUAUGCCUACAACGGAAACCCGCCUCCCGAGGAUCGAAGCGCAGAAGGCUCGCAGGAAUCCGGAAAAAGAGGUUACAGUGUCAACUCACUGCUGACACAAACUAUCAUAGACGGUAUUGCAGUCCCGCGCAAUCGUCCUGUGAUGCAGCACUGGUUAGAUUUUGUGCUGAUGGCGGUUCCCCAGUUCCAGCCUGCCCUUCAGGGCGUUAUUUCUCCUAUUGCUGAUUGCCUUUGUCGACAACUACGCUUGCUCCUCUCGGAUGCGCUUAAGGCGAGCCAGCCGAGAGAGAACGAGAGAUAUCCUCGAGUUGCGACUGAUGCUGAGUUCGUCAUGCUCCUCAAUGCGCUCGAGCGGUUACUUGUACUUGGCUUGACUCAAAAGUCAGAUGCCAAUUUACAAGAGGACGACACACCAGUUCAGGACAAACCUGGGGCCGAGUCGGGAGGUAUCCUAGGAUAUGUCUCAAAUGUCUUCACUACAGACAAUGCAUCUUCUACUGUCGAAGAUCAGCUGACAUCACACUCGCCUGGUUAUAAGUCUCUCCAUGAUGGCAUCCGUGUGUUGCUUGCGAUAUGGGUCAACAUGGUCUGGCAUGAUACCACCGGCCUGCGGCCAGAGGCGGAUUCGCUGUCUAUGAUUUAUAAUCGGACACAUGCUCGCUGUCGAAGAGUUCUGGAGCACUUGUUCCGCGCUCACCCAACGGAAGUGUUGGAAUCCGUUAUCGAAUGCUGGGAUCAUGAUGCAUUGUUACGUUCCAAGGGCUCUAAUCAGUCUGCUACAGGCGUCUUCGACUUGGUCGAUGUCUUAAUCGCUAACGCACAAAGUGCGGUGCAUAUGAUCUGCGACAGUAUAUCAGUACGUCUCUCCAACACCUCGGAGCGCAGUAGGAGACCCGCAAAUGCGAAUCUAUCCGAUGUCGUCCUUUUCAACUUUUUGGAGCAAUAUUUGCGACGGCUUGAAGGGCCCCUGGCACUUCAAGUAUGGGGUCGAUUUAUGCAACUUGCCAAAGAUCUGGCGUCAAGUCGAGAUUUCAAAGUUCAGGUCUUCUUGGCAUUGAAGUGCUUAUGUGUUCUAGGCGACAAAGUUACUCAGACCACUGCCAUUGACGACAAGCGCAUUAAGAAAGACCUCCAGGAGACGUUUGGAAAGCUCCUUGAUGCAUGCGUUACUUUCGUGGGUAGAUCGACGGAUCAACCAAAUUGGAUCAGACGUACCACAAAGGAGUCAUUGGUCAAUGGUCGAUCCUCCCCUGCUCUUCGUGGUGCCUCAGAUGUGAAGCUGGAUGAGAAGGCCGAUUCUAGCUCUGUUGUGCCUUCAGACAAUGCCAAGCCAACUUGGGGAGCAGAGUUGCCCUCUCAGAUCACCGCAUUCAUAGCGUCAACAGCUGUUCCAGACCUGCGCAGGUUUUUAAUGGACAACGACAAGGUAGCGAGUGCUUGUAGCAACAUCGUAUAUUACAUCGUGAGCCCGGGCAUCAAAAUGAAAGCUAGGCCUUUUGAUGCUGAUGCGGUUGUGGUCGACAUCUUUCGGGAGAUGAUCAAAAUCCCUCCUGCCAUGAAGGUUUGGCGAGGGGCAGUGAUCGACGUCCUUUACGAUCACCGCAUCUUUAACUCGAACUCCAGCGUUGCUACGAAGUGGAAACCCAUCAUCAAAGCACUAUUUGAUGCCGAUAAAACUUCUUUCCCUGAUCUGCUUAGCCGUCCAAUAUUUUUACCAACCGAGAAGCAUGAGAUGCUCCUGCGAUCACUCAACUUGCGACGACUUGCAUUAGUCCUCUUCACAGGGGAGAAGAAUCAUUUCUUAACCCAGCUUCCAGCUGUACAAGAGAAAUUGGUGGAUAUCCUGCGCAAUGUUCCAUCUCCGAUUGUUCAAUGUGAAGUCUACCUUUGCAUACGAGUGUUGCUGUGCCGCCUGGCUGCACAUAGCAUGACGAGCUUUUGGCCCGUGAUUCUCACUGAACUAUAUCGAAUAUUCGAGCUAAUAAUCGAUUCGAUACCCUCAGAUGGCUCGGAAGAUCUACAACUCAUCCUUUCGGCCAGCAAAUGUCUCGAUUUGCUGCUUACCCUCCAAACAGAAGAGUUUCAGAUACAUCAGUGGAUAUUUAUCACCGAUACCGUGGAUGCCGUGUUUCGCCCUGACAAUUGGUGCCCAGAGUCGAUGUUCGACCAGCUCGCUGAAGUGGUAGGCAGUUUGCCUAUUCCUGAACCACGAGAACAACACAGCAUUGGGCUACCACUGCCAACAUCGACCUCCCUUGCUUUCCCUGCCCAUUCUGAUCGUGCUUUGCGGAAACCCAUGCUAAGGUCGAUUCGCCAGAUUGACUCGAUCAGGGACCUCAUUCCGUUCUUCUCCCAUGUGAGUAUCACGUCUUACGAGAGCGUGUAUGCAAGCGGAGGGAACAUCGAUUGGGAGGCGGUCGAGCAGGGAAUUUUGGACGAUAUGUUUGAUGGCCGGUGA